AUGGCUAAGAAACGCGCAUCUUCAUCUGCUAAACGUGGUGUUGGACAGAGUGCUACCCGCGGUGGUAGACAAGCUGGUACUCAUCAGACUGGAGCUCAGAUUCGGACUCAGGCCACUCCUCAGCCCAAAGUUGUGAAUGGGGGUCAGCCCCGAGUUGCGUCAGAGCAAGUGCACGAACAAGUGGUUCAGAACACUCCACCAGCACCAGGUGCUGCACCUACUAUUGCUUUGCCUGCAGAUGUGGUGACCAGAUUGUUGAAUGUGUUGGAGGCAUUGGCGCCCAAUCAUGGUGGAAUUCUAGGUCCUCCGGCUACUUCACAAGCACAAGCUCAAGUUCAGUUAAAUGUUGCAGCUAAUCAGACACCUCAGUUGGCCCCUCAACAGGUCGUCCAGUCUAUAGGGCAAUCCAAGGAGUUUAAGAAUUUUAUGGAUCUUAAGCCACCAGAGUUUGAUGCUUCACCAACUUCUAUUGAACCUCAGAAGUUCAUUGAUCGUUGUGAAAACAUAUUGACUACGUUGGGGAUGAAAGAGACUCGUGGUGUGGAAUUUACCACUUUCUUAUUCUCAGGGUCUGCAGAGUCUUGGUGGAUUUUGAUUCAGAGAGGUAGACAAGCAGGGUUACCACCUAUUACUUGGUCAAAAUUUCUAGCAUUGCUUAAGGACAGGUUUAUUCCAUUAAGCAAGCAAGAUGAGAUGAGACGUCAUUUCAAUAAUCUGCGGCAGGGAACUAUGACCAUUACAGAGUAUGAGGCCAAGUUUACAGAUUUAUCCAGGUAUGUGCCUUCUUUGGUUGAGGAUCCGAGAGAGAAGGUGAGACGAUUCGUGGAUGGACUUGAGUAUCGCUAUCGUGGUCCUGUAGUACGAGAUGUGCGAUAUGGUACCUAUUCAGAUGUAGUUGACACUGCUCUUCAUUACGAGUCCUAUCUAGAUAUGGACAAAGUUGAGCGUGAAAGCAAAAAGUCAUGUAACACGGGUGGGUUUAGUGGUGCUCCAUCUGGGGGCAAGAGUGGUUUUUAUUGUGGGCAGUCCAGACCUACUCAGUCAGAAUCAGUGGUGUAGUCUUCUAGUGGUUAUUCAGCUAGACAGGGCCAGCAACAGAUGCAGAGGAAGGGUAAUAGGUCAUAUCAGUCAGGUUAUCAUCCGAGGUAUUCUAACUGUGGUAGAAAUCACAAUGGUCGUUGCUUUGGGGCAGAUGGGGCUUGUUUUACUUGUGGUGAAAAGGGGCAUAUUGCUAAAUACUGUCCUAAAGGAAAUUCUGGUGCUAGUCGAGCUACUACACAACCGCAGGGAACUACUACAGCUACAUAGGUCAGAUUCAGCCAGCUAGGGCCGCUCCACAGGGUGCUCAUGGACAGGAUCGACAGGGUACACAAGCUGCUCAAGGAGGGGGUGGACCACAGAGAUUCUUUGCUAUGACCAGAUAGGAUGUUGAGGCAUCUAAUGCAGUAGUCACAGAUACUGUCGUUGAGAACGAGGCUGGUAAUUGAAGAUUUCGUGAGUCGAUUAUGUUGCUGAGGUGAGCCACCGCAUUGUUCGUGGAGGCAGCCAUUUCAGCUUUAUCUAGUUUAUUUCUAAUUAUUUCUUUUAUUUUGGGUUUAUAUGCCCGACACUCAAACUCAUGUAAUUCUAUUAGAUGCUCCAUGGUCUUAGCGUGGGAUGUGGGCUAGAGAUUCUUUUUAUCUUAGCGUUCGUUGGUCUUCAUAAAUCGAUAUGGAUUUGGUUGGCAACUAUUUCGCAUUUUUAUCAUUA